AUGAUCAUUCUGUUUCGUUUUUGGCUCAUAACUCUUCCCUUUGCUUUGUCCGGCUUUUUCAGACCUGGACUUCCCUCUGUGGCAAAUCUAAACUCCACUGCUGUGAUUGAGUUCCUCUUUGAAGGUUUCUCCAGCUUUGGGUGGCAGCACAGGGUGAUAUUUUUUGUUGUCUUUCUAACUGUGUACCUGCUGACCCUCUCAGGAAAUAUCAUCAUUGUUACCAUCAUUCGCCUGGAUCAUCACCUUCAUACCCCUAUGUACUUCUUUCUAAGCAUGCUGUCCAUCUCUGAGACCUGCUACACUGUGACCAUCAUCCCUAGAAUGCUGUCUGGCCUCCUAAGUCCUCAGCAAUGCAUUGCCAUCCAAGGUUGUGCCACACAGCUCUUCUUCUACCUCACCUUUGGCAUCAACAACUGCUUCCUUCUUACAGCCAUGGGGUAUGACCGCUAUGUGGCCAUAUGCAACCCUCUACGAUAUUCUAUCAUCAUGAGUAAAAGGACCUGUGUCAAUCUAGCAUCUGGGUCACUGGGGAUUGGGCUAGGUAUGGCCAUCAUCCAGGUAACAUCUGUGUUCGGCCUGUCUUUCUGUGAUGACUUUGUCAUCUCUCACUUCUUCUGUGAUGUGCGACCCUUGCUGAAGUUGGCCUGUGUAGACACCACUGUCAAUGAGGUCAUUAACUUUGUGGUCAGUGUCUGUGUUCUUGUUCUGCCCAUGGGCCUGGUCUUCAUUUCCUAUGUCCUCAUCAUCUCUGCUAUCCUUAAGAUUGCUUCUUAAGGAUAAGGAGCUGAGGGUAGAAAGAAGGCUUUUGCCACCUGUGCUUCCCACCUCACAGUGGUCAUCAUCCACUAUGGGUGUGCCUCCAUCAUCUACCUCAAGCCCAAGUCCCAGAGUUCCCUGGGGCAGGACAGACUCAUCUCAGUGACAUACACCGUCAUCACACCCCUGCUGAACCCGGUUGUGUACAGCCUGAGGAACAAGGAGGUGAAAGAUGCUCUGCGCAGAGCCAUGGGAGGAAAGUUCCUCUCCCCUUAG